AUGGCGCUCAAUGCCGCAUCACAUAAUAUCACUGGCGAGCCGACCGGUUCUCCUUCUGGUCCGCCGCCUCCAGUGUCCUCCGAGAUAGCCUCUGCGGCGAAAAGCUCGGCUGCAAAAGAUGCCGUGGGUCAGAAUGUACCCGGAAGGGAUUUGCAAAACAACGAGAAAGGUCAAACAGUGAUGGGAGAAGCAGGCAAAGAGAAGACUGCAAAAGAAAGUAUGCAAGAUAACCUUGAAGGACCGCAUUGA